AUGGCUUCUGCGCCCGCAUUCAGAUCUCGAGUGGUCGCGGUGGUGGGCACCGUUGCGGCCACGGGCGUCGCGGUCGGCGUCGCGUCCAGGUUCUUUGGCGGUGCUGUGCGCGCAGACUCGCCAGCGUCGCCGCGCAAGGCGUUUGGUGGUGGGCCGGCGUUUCUGUCGCUGCCGCUGGAGAGCGCGGAGCUGGUCAACCAUAACACGAAGAAGCUGCGCUUUCGGCUGCCGGAGAAGGAUGCCGUUAGCGGGCUGACCCUGACGUCUGCGCUUCUGACUUUCUCGUGGCCAAAGGACCAGUGGUUUCCAGUCGUGAGGCCUUAUACCCCCGUCAGCAGUUCAGAUGAGCCUGGACACAUCGACCUUUUGGUAAAGCGCUAUCCGGACGGCAAGUCGAGCACGCACCUUCACUCUCUCGAACCCGGCCAGUCCCUCCGUUUCCUCGCCGCGCUCAAGGGCCCUCAAUGGACGCCCAACCAGGUCCCGCACGUCGUGCUCAUCGCCGGCGGCGCAGGCAUCACGCCGUGUUACCAGCUCGCGCAGGGCAUACUGCGGAACCCCGAUGACCGCACCGCAGUCACGCUGGUGUACGGCGCCAACAGCGACGCGGACGUGCUGUUGCGCGAGGAGCUUACGAACUGGGAGAAGAGAUUUCCCGGGCGAUUCAAGGCAGUCUACACGGUGAGCCGGCCAGUGGAGGGGUCCAAGUAUAGAAAGGGAUACGUGAACGAGCAGCUGUUGCGUGAGGCCGUGCCGGGCGUGGGUGGCAACGACACCAAGGUGUUCGUGUGCGGGCCGCCGCCGAUGGAGAAGAGCUUGGUGGGCGACCGCUCGACAAAGGGCGUGCUUGAAGAACUUGGGUAUCGCAAGGACCAAGUUACGAAGUUCUGA